UGGUGUAAGAUCGCUUUCAAAAAGAUGUAUGCACAACUUUAAACAUUUAUAAUCGUAUUUUUAAAUAUUUGUGCGUAAAUUAACUUAGGCACGCAAAAUUAAGUUUUCAUACACGUGAGUCAAUACAAUUACAUUUGUGUUUUUAUGUAAGUGUGAUUCUAGAAGCUAUGACUGUAAACAUUCACGAGUACAACUCUGAUUUCUACGACUACGAAUUCUUCAUUAUGAACACAAAUUCAAGUUUGUGGGGACGAGUAAAGAACAGUUGAAAUGACGUCACUGCCGGCACAGGGCAGGUAAUCGAACCUUGAUUCCAUCUAAAGCGCAUGCGUCAAAGGUGAAAGAUGGCUAACAACAGACCUGAGGCUGCUAGCCCAGGCUCAGCAUCACAGGGCCAAUUAACAGACAUCUUAAGUGCAGCCCAAAACCUGGUGUUGCUAUUGAGAAACAGUGCACCGGCAAAUGUCAUGCCAGUCAGUCAGGGCAGUACAGGAGAAGCUGCUGUUGGACAGGGAGCGCAGUCAGUGAGGCCUCAGCGCAAUGACUCUGGACAGUCUGUCAAACAAGAAAUGGCUCGGUCUUUUCCUGGAUUUUUCCGAAAGGAGGCAAGAGGCAAGAAGCGUUUUGCACCAUAUACACCAACACAACCUGGGAAGAGCUUUUUGGUGAACUUUUUUCUUCUUGAAAAGCAACGUGAAAAAACACCAAAUGGAGAAGAGGAACUGCAACUUAUACUGGCUGGCCUUGGAAAACGUUCAUUAACCCUUAAUGAAAACAUCACACAUUCAGAGUUUUCAGAUUUGCUUUUGAGCACAUAUCCAAGACUGGCAAAUAUCUGUGGAGGCUGGUUGCUGCACAAGUCCACAGGUGGGGGUGGGCAGCGGAGAUUGGCUGUUAUCCCUCCAGAUUUAAAUGGAUACACUGGCCAGCAGCUAAAAGCAGUGAGCGGGAAUGGAAAAUAUACAAUGUACAUUGCUCCUUUACAAGAAGAACUGGAUACAAUUCCUUUACCACCAGAAGCAAAGGAAUUUGAGAAGAUGCCCAAAGCCCAGUGUACAACCUGCAAAAAAAUGGUUCCGCUUCAGAUUCUUCCAGGACACAUAAAGGAAUGCAAGAAACAACUUGUAGAUUUGUGUGAUUCUGCUGAAGAAGAAAGCUGCAAGGAAGAACAUGAUGAAAGCUGCAAGGAAGAACAAUGCUCAGCUGCACUUUGCUACGAGAAAAGCAAGACCGCUGAGUGUCCUGUGUGCGGAAAUGCAUUUCAUCCUGAAAUCAUUGAGUUCCAUGCAGCCAGUUGCGGAUUACGAACUUCAGAUGAUGAUGGCCAUGAGUCAAGUGAUCCAAUCAGUACCUUUCAAAGUUCUGAGGACAUCUUGAAUUGGAUUGGUAAUCAGGUUGAUGAGACAAACACAUUUUCCAUCUGUGUGUCACGAACUGAUCUCUACAACAGAGGCAUGCAACAGUGGCAACGGCAGAAGAAGACCUCACCCAAAUGUAGACUUAAGGUCACAUUCUUUGCCGAGGCAGGCAUUGAUACUGGUGCCCUUUCCAAAGAAUUCCUCACAGAAAUGCUGGUAGAAAUAGAAAAAAGACUAUUUGUUGAAGGUCCAGAUAAGAAAGGGAAGAAUCCUGUUUACUGCCUUAACAGUUUGGACUGUAACUUCUUCAGGACUGCAGGAGAAGUCAUGGCAGCUAGUCUGGCACAAGGCGGACCUUGCCCUAACUUCCUGCGUGAAUGGUGCUUCAGAUAUCUCUGCUCUGGUGACUCUGACAGCAUUCAAGUGUCUGCCAGUGAUGUCACAGAUUUGGAACUGUCACAGCUAAUUGUAAAGAUAAACAACGCCAGUGAUGACAACAUCAGUGACCUGAUUGGUGACAUUGUGACCUGCGGAUACACUGGAAUCGUGUCUGAGGAUAAAAGGGACAGCAUAAUAAGAGCUGUUAUACUUCACUCCACCAUGAGACUCAUCCCGAUGCUUGACCAGCUCAGAAAAGGCCUGCAGCUCUAUGAACUACCAACGAUCAUGAAGACCCAUCAAGAGCUUUGCCAACCACUGUUUGUUACAGGGGAAGAUGAUAAGGUGGAUGCAGUCUUCAUUCUGGAAAACAGCCGCCCUGUCUUCAGUGAGAUUGGUUCUGCCAAACACCGCAUGGAAACAAACAUCAUGAAUUUUUUCCAGGACUACCUUCAGGAAAUUGAGGAUUCUGAACAAGAUGGCCCAAGCAACAACAACAUUGCUCCAGAAAGUUUGACUGUUGGAAGAAUCAUGCAGUGGCUCACUGGACAGGGACACAAGCCCCUUCUGCCUAGUGAAAAGAAGGACUUUGUCAUAAAUGUGAGAUUCCACCAUGACUGUGACACACAGCACACUGUUUGUUUUCCUAUUGUCAGCGCCUGCAGUCGUACAAUAACAUUUCCCUCAGUGCACCUGAAAACAUUCAGUGAAUUCAAAAACAUUAUGACAUUAGCCAUAUGCCAUGGGCAAACCUUUGACAGGGUGUAACAACUC